AUGGCCACUCCUCCGAUUCCCCCCAACCGCCUCAAGCAGAUCGCUACCGACGCUUGCAACAGCGCGAUUGGAAGCGCUGAAUUCUACGAUCAUGACAAGACCGAGCAAUGGAACUCAACAAUCAUUAGCUCUGUUCUGAAAGCCGUCAUCUCCGAGUCAACCCCCGAGGGCGCUUCUGCUCCCUCGUUCAAGUUCGCAUGCAACAGCACCAUCGUGCAGCACCUCGUCCCUACGUCCGCCCUGAACAAGCCCCGUGGUGGCACCGAGAUCAAGGCUGAAGAGCCUCACAUUUCUACGAGCUCCGAAGCGACUGCCACUGACGGAAAGCCCCAUGUCGGUCGGCGAGGAAUGCACAGUGCCACAGGCGCCUACUGGGACCAGAAGAAGGACGGCAUGUGGACCUUCAAGUAUGAUGGCGGUGAGGGCAAGGGCCUCGAUGUAGUUGUUAUGCUCAUCUGGGUCGCCAUUUGA